AUGGCAAGAAGAUCUGGUAGGCGCUCUCAAAAGAGCGGCAAGAACCUUGUUGAAGAUAGGACUAGCAUUGCAAGGUUGAUCGACUCACGGGCUGCUGUUCAUCAUGAGAAGCAAAACAAGACAUCGAAGGAUGGCACUCCACAGACAACCAAGUUACAGGAACAGUUUGGUGCUGUGUUGGAUAGAUUCAAAAUUCCCAUUGAAAAAUCGUCGUCAGAUAGUGGCAUUGAGCAAACAAAUAGGCUAGUUCAUCAGGUUAAAGGAUCAGAAGACCAGGUGCGAGAAGACAACAAUACCCAAAAUGAAGAGGAUAAGAAACCGGAUAUGAAGGAGAUGUCUAAAAGAAAGUUGCGAAAAUUGACAAAACCCUCACUCUCCCAGUUAAAAAGCUCGAGCAUCUACCCGCAAGUAAUCGAAUGGUAUGAUUGUGAUGCACCUUAUCCUUAUUUGCUUGCCACUAUAAAAUCAUCCAAGAACGUUGUACCGAUACCGGGACAUUGGCAGAUGAAGAGAGAGUAUCUUUCAGGCAGAUCUCUUAUGGAGAAAAGACCUUUUGAGUUACCUGACGUAAUAAAGCAAACUGAUAUAGAAAUCAUGAGAAAGACCCUCCCAGAUAAGGAAGCUGCUCAAAAUGACAAGAGUUUGAAGGAGAUCUCGAGAGCUCGCGUGCAACCUAAAAUGGGUUCACUUGAUAUUGACUAUAAAAAAUUGCAUGACGUAUUCUUCAAGCUUGGGGUGAACUGGAAGCCAGAAGUGCUACUGUCUUUCGGAGAUGUAUAUUACGAGAAUCGAAACCUGUACGAUGAAGCUCAAUGGAAAAAAUUGGAGAAGGAGAAAACGGUAGGGAGACUGAGUUCUGGACUAAGAGAAAUAAUGGGUAUUUCAGAAGGUCAGCUACCACCUUGGUGCAUGAAGAUGAAGAAUCUAAAUAUGCCGCCAAGCUAUCCAAAUCUCAAAGUCGCUGGUUUAAAUUGGGGUAUAGAAAAUAUGAAGGGAGAGAUUUACGGUGUGCUCGAUUCGCCAUCAACUAACAAAAAGACAACGUCACUGUUUGGGACAAUCAUAUCCAUUAAAGACGAAAACUUAGAUUCUCCACAAGAAGACAACUCUAAUCAUAUACCAGAAGAAAAAGGCAAAGUACUUCGACCAAUUCAAAAUGAUUACAAAGAAAAACUUACAGAGGUCCAGUCAACCACGGUCGACAGACCUAAAGUCGAAGAAAGAAGACUACAGGCCGAUGAUAACACGAAAAAGAGUCUGUAUACAGUUCUGAAAGAGGGUACAGUAGAUGAUGCAGCUGGAGGGAACGGAUCAAAGGCAGUUUAUGUGAUGCCUGGGACGGAUGGUCAAGGCAGCGAGGAACGCGAAGCUGCUAGCUCUAAACCAGAAGAUGAGAAAGAAGAUCAAGAGGAUAUUGAGAAUUUCAAAUUUUAA